CAAACCUUUCUACCUCUAUUUCUUGCAAAUGCACGAUUGAACUGCGUUUCUUGUACAGCUACAGCUACGUGUUAGGAGCUAUCCACAAUGAGACCAGGAGGCAACAACUCCUUCCCGGCCGAGAAAAGGGUUGCAGUGGUGACAGGAGGCAAUAGAGGAAUUGGGCUUGAGAUCUGCAAGCAGCUGGCCGCCAAUGGAGUCACCGUCGUUUUGACGGCGAGGGGCGAGGAGAGAGGCGCCGGAGCAGCGGCCGCGCUUCGCCGGCUCGGGCUGUCGGAGGUCCUGUUCCACCAGCUAGACGUGGCUGAGCCGUCCAGCGCCGCUUGCUUGGCUGAUUUUGUUAGGAACAAGUUUGGCAAGCUCGACAUAUUGGUCAACAAUGCAGGAAUUUUGGGAGCUACAUUUGAUUUUGGCGGCUUAGACCUUGACAAAGCGAUUGAAGGCAAGAAUGCAAACGAGACGCUGGAAUGGUUGGGGCAGCACACCGUGGAGACUUCGGAGAAUGCACAAGAAUGCUUGAGAGUAAACUACCAUGGUGCCAAGAAUGCCAUAGAGGCACUUCUUCCUCUCCUCCAAUCCUCUCCUGACGGAAGAAUCGUGACUGUUUCCUCUUCUUUUGGACAGCUUUCAUUUUUCAGCGGGGAGCAACUCAAAGAGGAGCUCAACAAUGCCGAUAGGCUAAGCGAGGAGAGGAUAGACGAGCUGGCAGAGCUGUUCGUCAGGGACUUCAGGGACGGCGAGCUGGAGUCGCGCGGAUGGCCGGCGAGAGCCGACAGGUUCAUGGCCUACAAGACGUCCAAGGCGCUGCAGAACGCUUACACGAGGGUCCUCGCGAGGAAGCACGCCUCGUCGCCGCUGCGCGUCAACUGCGUGCAUCCCGGGUACGUCAGGACGGACAUGACCCUCGGCACCGGGGAGCUGACGGUGGAGGAGGGCGCUGCUGGCCCCGUCGCGGUCGCCCUCUCGCCGCCGGGAGGCGCCACGGGCGUGUUCUUCGUCCGCACCGAACCGGCGUCCUUCGUGUGAUUCCUCCAAAGGCGUCAGGCUGCAGCUUGUUUUUCAUAUCAACUAGCUAAAUGUCAGUGUGCGCUGUAACAUAUUACUGGAAAUAGCAAAAUUAAGUCCUGUUGUAAAAAUAUUUUUAAUUGGUUGAAUCAAGAACGCGUGUGUAUUAUAAACAAAAAUAUUUUAUCUGAAAACAAAAACAAAAAUAUUAUUGCUUAGUAAAUUGAGUUGUAGAUUUGCAUAAGUACAAGAAAAGUUACAACAUUCACAUAUGUUGUGCUCGUAUAAUGAUCCACUUAAAAGAUAUGUGAUGACAUACUCG